UAAAACAAUUUGGAGAAUUUUCUAUGGCUCAUGAUAAAAAAACUGUAAGACGAAGUAGAUCGCGUGAACGAGAUCGCGAUCGUGAAAGAGAUCGGGAACGACGAGAUAGAAGACGAUCAAGAAGCCGAUCCAAGGAUCGAAAAAAAGAUAGGAAACGUUCAAGAUCACGUGAAAGAUCAAGAGAACGAGAUAGAUCACGCGAAAAAGACGGGGGGAGAUCAAAAGAAGGACGAGAUUCGAAGGACAAGUCAAAAGAUGAGAAAAAACGCAAACCAAGUCCAAUAUUUGUCAUAGAAGAUGAAAACAAGAAAGAAAAUAAAUCUGAAGGUAGGAAAGAAGAGGAAGAAUCUGAGGACAAAUCAAAAGCUCCACCAAAGAAAGAACCACUAAGUUUAGAAGAACUAUUGGCUAAGAAGAAAGCAGAAGAAGAAGCACGUGCUAAACCAAAAUUUUUAACUAAAGAAGAACGUGCUACUAUAGCUAUACAAAAGCGUCAAGAAGAAGUUGAAGCCAUAAGAAAACAACAGGAGGAAAUACGUAAAUCUUUCUCCCACAAUGAAAGUGCUGGAAAAGAUAGGGAGUGGGAUGAUAGGGAUAGGCGUAGAGAUGGUCAACGUACAAGGGAAGAUGAAAUCAAGGACAAGGAUAAAGAGAAAGAAGUGGAAGCUAUUAAAGAACGUUAUUUGGGAUUAGUGAAGAAAAAACGACGUGUUAGACGAUUGAAUGAUAGGAAAUUUGUAUUUGAUUGGGAUACUUCAGAAGACACAUCUGUUGAUUACAAUAGCAUUUACAAAGAAAGACAUCAGGUUCAAUUUUUUGGUAGAGGAAAUCUUGCUGGUAUAGAUAUCAAAGCACAAAAACGAGAUCAAAGUAAAUUCUAUGGAGAGCUUCUAGAGAAAAGAAGAACAGAAGCAGAAAAAGAACAGGAGAAAAUGAGGUUGAAAAAGGUGAAAAGGAAAGAAGAGAAACAAAAGUGGGAUGACAGACAUUGGUCAGAAAAAGCUCUCCAUGAAAUGACAGAAAGAGAUUGGCGUAUAUUUAGGGAGGAUUACAAUAUUACAAUAAAAGGGGGCCGUAUACCUGAUCCAAUUAGAUCAUGGAAAGAGUCUGGAUUUCCAAAAGAAAUUCUUGAUAUUAUUGAUAAAGUGGGAUACAAAGAUUUAACACCUAUUCAAAGACAAGCCAUUCCCAUAGGACUUCAAAAUCGUGAUAUUAUUGGAGUUGCUGAAACUGGAUCUGGAAAGACUUUAGCAUUCUUAAUUCCAUUACUAUUAUGGAUCACUAGUUUACCAAAAAUUGAAAGACUAGAAGAAGCAGAUCAGGGUCCUUACAGUAUAAUUUUAGCACCAACUCGUGAGUUAGCCCAGCAAAUUGAAGAAGAGACAAAUAAAUUUGGACAACCAUUGGGUAUAAGAACGGUUGUUGUUGUAGGUGGUCUUUCAAGAGAAGAACAAGGAUUUAGAUUGAGAAUGGGUUGUGAGAUCGUUAUAGCUACACCAGGGCGAUUAAUAGACGUACUAGAAAAUCGAUACUUGGUUUUAAAUCAGUGUACUUAUAUUGUUUUGGACGAAGCUGAUAGAAUGAUAGAUAUGGGAUUUGAACCAGAUGUUCAAAAGAUUUUGGAAUACAUGCCAGUUACAAAUCUAAAACCAGACAAUGAAGAUGCUGAAAACGAAGAAAAACUUCUAGCUAAUUACAAUACGAAGAAAAAAUACAGACAGACUGUAAUGUUUACCGCGACUAUGCCACCCGCUGUAGAAAGAUUAGCCAGAACUUAUUUAAGACGACCUGCGGUUGUAUAUAUUGGCAGUGUAGGAAAACCGACAGAAAGAACAGAACAAAUUGUGCACAUAAUGGGCGAGGCUGAUAAGCGUAAAAAACUUAUGGAAAUACUUAGCAGAGGUGUUGAACCACCAGUUAUUAUAUUCGUUAAUCAAAAGAAAGGAGCUGAUGUACUGGCAAGAGGUUUGGAGAAAUUGGGUUACAAUGCUUGUACUCUUCAUGGUGGUAAAGGACAAGAACAAAGAGAAUAUGCACUUGCUUCUCUGAAAAGCGGCAGUAAAGAUAUCUUGGUUGCCACCGAUGUCGCGGGACGUGGUAUCGAUAUUAAAGAUGUGUCUAUGGUUAUUAAUUAUGAUAUGGCUAAGACUAUAGAAGAUUAUACGCACCGUAUCGGUAGAACUGGUCGUGCUGGAAAAGCUGGUCUUGCCAUUUCGUUCUGCACCAAGGACGACAGUCAUCUAUUCUAUGAUUUGAAGCAAACAAUUCUUGCAAGUCCAAUAUCUACCUGUCCCCCUGAAUUAUUGAAUCAUCCGGACGCUCAACAUAAACCUGGCACAGUGGUUACAAAAAAGCGUCGUGAGGAGAAAAUAUUUGCCUAG